AUGUAAGUAAAGAGCAAACUGAAUGCUAAUAAUAGACACAAACAGAUGAAAUUUGAAUUGAGAGACUUCAAAGAAAGCGCCUAUCUAAAUAAUACAGAUCAAUAUAUCAAGAGGAAUCAAGUUUUUCAUACUUGUAAAAUAAUAAGUGUUGAUGAUGAAAGCGAAUUUCUUGCACUUUCUAUUGAAGAUGGGUCUUCAGAUACCUUCACAACAUAAAAUUAAUCUCAUAAGCCUCCUAAUACCAAAGGCAAAAAAUUUAGAGAAUUGAAAUCAAAUUAUCAAAUCAGUUUAAGAUUAAAUCAGAAGCAUAAGGAUUAAAUGCAAAACAAUCAAAAUUAAGUAAGCUAAAAAAAUUAUAACAAAACUUCACAAAGCCUAAUUAAGUAAAAGAGAGCAGAGAAGCAAACUGCAAAGUCCCAGAACAAAUAAUUGAAACUGGGAGGCUUGACAGAUUCUAAUAGUUCACCUAUUAUAAUUUAAAGGUAAAGUGUAGAAGUUAUCAGAAUAUCAAGCACAUAGCAAAUUUAAGGAGAUGAGGAAGACAAAUUUUUAUAGAACGCGAAAGAUAGAGAUACAUUUGACGCAGAUUAGGAUUAAUUUAGACUAACGGAAAAUGAAAGUCUGAUAUCUAUGGAAGUAACGAAUCAAUAAAACAAAUGA